CCUAGCAGUCAUGGCUCCCCUCGUCGUUGCGCAAACUCCAUACUAUGCCGACCAAUCCGCACCUUUCAAUCUCGUCCUCCACUCCGCAUCAACUUCCCUCGAUGGUGCAGCCCUCUUCUCCUGCCACGAAGGAGCCGCUAUCGAAGGUCUCUGCGUCACCACAGACUUCAACCCAGUAGAGCCCGUAUCGCCAUACAACUUCAACUACUCUUCGCUCUCCACCCCCGACCCAGUUCUCGGCUACCAAGGUCUCCUCACCUGGGAGCUCCAGGCCGGGUCCUUCAACCUCAGCUCUCCAAUGGCGCUGCAGAACAUUUCUGAUACCAAUGUCGAGAAUGCGUUCUUUGAGCCGUCGACCACGGGGACGCUGGUGGGCUUCGAUCAGAGCAACUUGUUGUAUAUCUUGGAUGAUACGACGACGGAGCCGGGGUAUAGCUGGUAUGGUGAGCCGGAUAAUGCGAGUUGUGUUGGGGUUGAUGUUGAGAGGGUGUUUAUCUAG